AUGCGCCUCCCCUACGCGCCCACCGAGGCCCCGACCGAAGCCUCGCCCUCGAACCCGGACCCCGAAGCCACGGCGGCCAUCUACGCGCGCAUCGCGGAGCGGCGGCGGCCGCGCCCGCUGAUCCCGCUCGACCUGGCGCUGCUGCACAGCCCGCCCGUGGCCGACGGCUGGAACAGCUUCCUCGGCGCCAUCCGCACCAAAACCGUCGUCGACGAGGCCGUGCUCGAGCUGGCCGUCAGCCGCGUCGGCGCCCUGACCGACGCCGUGUGGGAGUGGCGCGCGCACGCCGCGCUGGCGGCCAAGGCGGGGGUGCCGCGGGCGGUGUUGGAGUGGUGCUUGAAGAAGGUGCCGGUGGAGGAGGCGGGAGAGGCAGUGGAGGGGUUGGGGGAGAAGGAGAAGGCGGUGAUUAGGUAUGCGGAUGCGAUGACGAAGGAGGUGAAGGUGCCGCAGGACGUGUUUGAUGGGUUGAAGCCGUUUUUUAGUGAGAGGGAGAUUGUCGAGUUGACGACGGCUGUGGCGGCGUAUAACUGCGUCAGCAGGUUUUUGGUCGCCCUCGACGUGGGCGAGAUGAACGGGAAGGAGAUGGAGGUGCCGCCGGAGGCGAAGUAG